CUUAAUUUAACCCCCACCCCUCCUUCUGCUUUACUGUGAGUAUAAAAGUCUUGAUGAGAUACCUCACCCGUCUUUCUCUCCGGAACCCAUCCGCUCAGAGACCCUUGGUUUAUAUCUCACGAAUCGCAUCUUCCCCUCGAUUCGCCAUGGCCAGCACAUCAACUGUCUCGCAUAGCAAUGGAAGCAGGCCCAGCACGUGGCAGGGUGCUGGCGCCGCUGAGUUUGAUCUCAGAAGCGAUACCAUGACCAAGCCUACUCCCGCAAUGCUGGAAGCUAUCUGCCAGACCACCCUUCUCGACGACGUCUUCGGUGAAGAUCCGGUAACAAAUGACCUGGAAGCAUACGUGGCAGAGCGGACGCAGCAUGAACGUGCUUUGCUGGUGAUGUCCGGCACUAUGGGUAACCAGGUGGCUAUCCGCACCCAUCUCAAGGAGCCACCCUACUCAGUGCUGUGUGAUCACCGUGCACAUAUCUUCUGCUACGAGGCAGGCGGUGUCAGCUCUUGGACCGGUGCAACUGUCCUCCCGGUUGUUCCCAAAAAUGGCACCUACCUUACUCUGGAGGACAUCCAGGAGCAUGCCGUUCUGAGUGACAAUAUCCACUAUUGUCCAACAAAGUUGAUCAGUCUCGAGAACACUCUGGAUGGGAGGGUCAUGCCGCUUGCAGAAGCUCGAAGAAUCACUGAUUGGGCGCAUCAAAACGGCAUCAAGGUGCACCUCGAUGGUGCGAGACUAUGGGAAGCAGUAGUGUCUGGAGCGGGUAGCUUGCCAGAAUACACCACUCUGUUUGAUAGCGUAAGUCUGUGCUUCUCCAAAGGCUUGGGUGCUCCUAUCGGCAGUAUCGUUGUAGGGUCCGCCGAUUUCAUCAAAAAAGCUCGGUGGUUCCGGAAGACCAUUGGGGGUGGGGUGCGUCAAGCGGGAGUACUGGCUGCGGCCGCCCGCGUCGCUGUUGAAGAGACCUUUGGGCCUGACCCUCAUGGCAAACAAGGAAAGCUUCUGGAAUCCCAUCAGACUGCAAAGAAGGUUGCUCAACUUUGGACUGGCCUGGGUGGCAAGCUCGCCCACCCAGUGGAGACCAACAUGGUCUGGCUGGACCUCCAAGCGUCUGGACUAGGGCCCAAUGACCUUUCGACCAUCGCCCAGGAGAAAGGCUUGAAAAUGUCGGGGAAUCGGAUUGUUAUUCACUACCAGGUAUCCACGGAGGCUAUCGCUCGGCUGGAACAAGUCUUCAACACGGCAUUGAGUGGAAAAUAUCAAGGUAGUACUGAUUCGAGUAAGCCGUACGGCACACGAUAGAUAAAGGCAAAUUGUGAUGCAAGACAGUGCAUAUUUUCAAUAUCAUGUACAUGUAACUAUGA